GUGUUUUAGAAAGUUCCAUCGGAUUCUACGGAAGGUCGCCAUUUUUGAACACAGUCGUUUUUCCGCUUUCUUUGUUCGUAUAUGUCCACACAGCCGCAAAAGUAUCGGCUUUCUAACUCGUAACUGUAAAAUAAAGAUGCGCCACUCAAAGCUAAUGCGCUCCCCUGGCAUCUGGCUCGAUGAGUACAGCUGGGAAGAGAGGAUGGAGUGUCGUAAGCGAAAGAGGCGAGAUUCACACAGCAGCGAAAGAGAAAACAAAUCUCGAAGAACUCACCGACACCACAAGACCUACGAGGGGCACUACCUAGAGACCCGUAAUCUGAACCAGAGGCUGGACUCUCGAGAACGGGACCAUAGCUGGGACAUGGCCUGUGACAAGGACAGCCAUGAAAGCAACUGCAAGGAGAGAGACCGCGAUUGGCACCACUACAGCAAGUCCUCUGCACGUAGCAAUCGCAGCAGGCGAAGCAGCCGUAGCCGUAGGCACCGCGAUAGAAGGCGCCGGCGGAGCCCCUCUCGCCACAUGUCCUCUUCGAGGAGGAGCCAUCACCGCAGGAAAAGAUCCAGGAGUUUUGAGGAUGAUGACGAGGGUCACCUCAUCUAUCACAGUGGAGACAUGCUAAGAGCGAGAUAUGAGAUUGUGUGUACUCUAGGAGAGGGAGCCUUUGGGAGAGUCGCUGAGUGCAUUGAUCAUUCAAAUGAUGGGGCUCGAGUGGCUCUGAAGAUCAUUAAAAAUAUAGACCGCUACCGAGAGGCAGCUCUGUCUGAGGUAGAGGUCCUUAAACAGCUGAAUUCCCUCGACACUGAUAGGCGAUACGCUUGUGUUCAUAUGCUGGACUGGUUUGACUUUAACGGUCACAUUUGUAUUGCUUUUGAGCUGCUUGGGCUCAGCACAUACGAUUUCCUCAAGGAAAACAACUUCCAGCCUUUCCCCAUUGACCACAUCAGACACAUGGCCUACCAGAUUAUUCGAGCUGUGCAAUUUCUGCAUAAGAACAAGCUGACGCACACAGACUUGAAGCCUGAGAAUAUUCUCUUCAUAGAGUCAGAAUAUGAUAUGGAGUACAAUCGUGAAAUGAAAAGAGAUGAACGAACGUUGAGGAAUCCAGAUGUGAAAAUUGUUGACUUUGGUAACGCCACAUAUGACCACGAGCAUCAUACCUCUGUGGUGUCAACGCGUCACUACCGUGCUCCUGAAGUUAUUUUAGAUCUAGGGUGGGAUCAUUCCUGCGAUGUCUGGAGUGUAGGCUGCAUACUCAUUGAGUAUUAUCUAGGAAAUACUCUUUUCCAGACACAUGACAGCAAAGAGCAUCUUGCUAUGAUGGAGCGAGUUCUGGGCCCCAUCCCUACAAACCUCCUGGAGAAAACAAAAAAACGGCGAUAUGUUCACCGGAACAAGCUGGAUUGGGAUGUACAUAGCUCUUCUGGGAGAUAUGUCAAGAAACACUGCAAACCCCUCAAGCAUUACAUGAUGUCAAAGCGCGAAGACCACCAGCAGCUUUUUGACCUGAUAGAGAAGAUGAUGGAGUAUGACCCAGCUAAGCGCCUCAGUCUUGAGCAAGCCCUCCGACACCCCUUCUUCGCAUGCUACCACAAGAGCAGGGGCAGAAGCAGGCACAGUAGCAGUAAUAAUAGCAACAGCAGCAAAAAAGACAGCUCCUGAACCUGUAGACAUCUGACACGUGACCUCAGUUAGAGUCUGGCUGUCUCAGGCCAGUCUCCACUUCCUGCCUCUCUGGGAGAGGUGUAGAUAAGCUGACUGUAUCAGUCCACUGCCCCACUACACUGUGUCCUGCCCUGAAAGCUGUUUCAUUGUCUCAUUUGUUAACCAAUUAUGUUCAUAUAGAUGACAUUUGUGAUGAAAUGAACCCACCAUAAUUGAUAUCUAUUUAUUUGCUAAUGUAAUUUAAAUUGUAUUUUCUGAACAUGUACUGGAAGAACUUUUUUUUUUUUUUUUUUGAAGUCCAGAUUGGUCAGUGUUCUCUUUUUGCAAUGGGAUAUAGGUCAUUGGUGAAUGAACAGAUUGAGAAUCUCUUAAUCAUUCAGUGUCUUGUGUAAUUUAUUUAGGGUUGCUGUUUUAAAAAAUAAAAUAAAACACACAAAUUAUUGGGGCAGAAAAAUCUUUUACAUAGUACUAAGCUUGUUUUUUGUUUUGUAGUUUUUGUUUCGUUUUUUCCCACUGAAUGGUUAUGUAAAUUUUUGUGAAAUACAUUUUCAAUAAACAGAUCACAAACUAUUGA